AUGAGUCAAGCGCAAAAAAAUUUGAAAAAGCUUAAAUCACUUUGCUAUCUUACUUUGGGGGGAUCAAUGUCCUAUCAGUUUAUCUAUUACAAAAAAGAUUUUGAAGGAUAUUAUACCCAUAUAUUACAACCUAUAAGUCAGCGUUUAAAUCCCGAAUGGGCACACAGACUAGGUGUUUCAGCAUUGAAAUAUGGUCUCUUUCCCUCUGAGAACUUUCAGGAUCCUACUGUAUUGAAAACAAUUUUCUUAAAUUGUGAAUUAAGCAAUCCCAUUGGUAUAGCAGCUGGAUUUGAUAAACAUGGAGAUGCAGUGAAUGGUUUAAGAAGAAUAGGUUUCUCUAUCAUAGAAAUUGGCUCUGUUACACCUGAACCCCAAGCUGGAAAUCCAAAACCUAGAGUUUUUAGAUUACCUGAAGAUCAAGCUGUUAUUAACAGAUAUGGAUUUAACAGUGAAGGACACGAUGUUGUUCUCAAAAAGAUAGAAAACAUUGACAAAGCUCUCCUAGAUAAGGGUUUAUUAGGAAUCAAUUUGGGGAAAAACAAACAUUCUACUGAUGCUGCUGCAGAUUAUUCACAUGGAAUCAAAAAAUUUCACAAAGUGGCUGAUUAUUUUGUUAUAAAUGUUAGCAGUCCAAACACACCAGGAUUAAGAUCGUUACAAAGUAAAACAGAAUUACAAAAGUUAUUAGCAGAGGCAAAUACAACAUUAGAAUCAUUAAAAAUUGAGAAAAGGCCUCCACUACUUUUAAAAUUAGCCCCAGACUUAAGCAUAGAAGAGAUGAAAGAUAUUGUUUCAGUUAUAUCAGAAAAGAAAACUAAAGUUGAUGGCCUUAUAAUUUCAAAUACUACAAUAGAUAGGUCUAGCCUACAUAAUAGUAAAUAUGCUCAAGAGACAGGUGGACUAAGUGGAAAACCAUUAACAGAUAAAUCUACUGAAAUGAUUAAAACUAUGUACAAAUUAACACAAGGGAAAAUACCUAUAGUAGGAGUUGGUGGUAUAUUUAAUGGAAAGGAUGCUUUUGAAAAAAUAUUAGCAGGAGCCAGUGUUUUACAGAUAUACACAGCUUUAAUAUAUCAUGGCCCUCCAAUUGUAACUAAAAUAAAAGCUGAGUUAGCUGAACUACUAAAACAAAAUGGAUACAACACUGUCAAUGAGGCAGUAGGAAAAGCAGUUGAAUUCUGA